AUGCACCGAGUGUUGAUAUUCAUGAUGGUGGUGGGGGUGCACGGAUGCCCCAAUUCAGGCAACUGCCCCCCGACCCUGACGCCCAAUUCCACCUCCAAGGACUUCUGUUACUCCGCCCGGAUUCGCAGUACAGUGCUGCAAGGUUUACCUUUCGGGGGGGUGCCUACAGUCCUUGCCCUUGACUUUAUGUGCUUUUUGGGGCUGCUGGUUGUAUUCUCCUUCCUGAGAAAAGUAGCGUGGGACUAUGGGCGCCUCGCUCUGGUGACUGACGCUGACAGAAGAAUGGAUCAACGAUACAGUCGGCUGGAUGAUCGGGAAUAUGCCACUACCAUGACAUCAGAUGCAACAGAACGCUACGAACGCCUCACUUCAGUUUCCAGCUCUGUCGACAUCGAUCAGAGAGACACUGGCUUCUGCUCCUGGCUAACUGCCAUCUUCCGCAUCAAAGAUGAAGAGAUAAGGGAGAAGUGUGGGGAAGAUGCGGUCCAUUACCUUUCCUUUCAGCGACACAUCAUUGGCCUGCUGGUGGUGGUGGGCGUGAUGUCGGUGGGCAUCAUCUUGCCUGUUAACUUCUCUGGAAACUUACUUGAAAACAAUGCCUACAGUUUUGGGCGAACCACUAUAGCAAAUUUGGAUUCAGGAAAUGCACUAAUGUGGCUGCACACCAUCUUUGCAUUUCUCUACCUGUUACUGACAGUGUACAGCAUGCGACGGCACACCUCAAAGAUGCACUACAAGGAGGAUGACUUGGUGAAACGCACUUUAUUUGUCAAUGGAAUCUCCAAAUACGCAGAGGAGGCUGAGAUAAAGCAACACUUUGAGCAGGCGUAUGAAAACUGUGUUGUACUGGAGGCUCGUAUCUGUUACAAUGUGGCCAGGCUGAUGUACCUCAACUCUGAAAGGAAGAAGACGGAGCGCAGCAAGAAAUUCUUUAUUGACCUGCAUGCCAAGGAGCACAUUACCACCAUGAUCAAUCCAAAACCAUGCGGACAUCUUUGCUGUUGCAUCAUUAAAGGCUGCGAGCGGGAAGAGGCAGUGGGCUACUAUACCAAACUGGAGUCACAACUGAAAGAGGACUACAGGAAGGAGAAAGAAAAGGUGAACAGGAAGCCCCUGGGAAUGGCCUUUGUCACCUUCCAGAACGAGUCCAUCACUGCCAUAAUCCUAAAAGACUUUAACGCCUGCAAGUGUCAGGGCUGUCAGUGUCGCCGGGAGCCCAAGAGCUCUCAAUUCAACGUCAAGCUCCACACACACAACUGGACCGUCAGCUACGCCCCUGAUCCACAAAAUGUCUACUGGGAGCAUCUGUCAGUGGGAGGAGUCACCUGGUGGCUCCGCUGCCUGAUCAUCAACAUUGUCCUCUUCCUCCUCCUCUUCUUCCUCACCACCCCGGCCAUCAUCAUCUCCACAAUGGACAAGUUUAAUGUUACCAAACCUGUGGAGUACCUAAAUAAUCCAAUCGUCACCCAGUUCUUCCCCACCCUCCUACUGUGGUCCUUCUCCGCCUUACUGCCAACCAUCGUCUACUACUCUGCCUUCUUUGAGGCCCACUGGACUCGGUCAGGAGAGAACCGGACCACAAUGCAUAAAUGCUACACUUUCUUGAUCUUCAUGGUCCUGUUGCUGCCCUCUCUAGGACUCAGCAGUUUGGAUGUUUUCUUCCGCUGGCUUUUUGACAGAAGAUUCCUGGCAGAUGCUAAAGUUAGAUUUGAGUGUGUGUUCCUUCCUGAUAAUGGAGCCUUCUUCGUGAAUUAUGUCAUUGCGUCUGCGUUCAUCGGUAAUGCCAUGGAUCUGCUGCGGAUCCCCGGUCUGCUCAUGUACAUGAUCCGCCUCUGCCUGGCUCGCUCUGCAGCAGAGAGGAGGAACGUCAAGAAGCACCAAGCCUAUGAGUUUCAGUUCGGGGCAAGCCUAUGCCUGGAUGAGUGCGUCUUCACUGUAGUAAUGACCUACAGCAUCACCUGCCCCCAUCAUUGUCCCCUUUGGCUGAUGUACAUGCUGCUGAAACACCUCGCGGACAGGUACAACAUGUACUACUACGCAUAUCUGCCGUCCAAACUGGACAAGAAGAUCCAUUCUGGAGCGGUCAACCAAGUGGUGGCUGCUCUAUUCUCUGUCUCUUUCUGGCUUCUGUUCUUUUCCACUGUGCGCUCCGGAUUUUCAGCGGCUACAUCCAUGUUCACGUUCGUAGUUCUGGUCAUCACAAUCAUUAUCUGCCUCUCUCACGUCUGCUUCGGACACUUUAAAUAUCUCAGUGCUCACAACUACAAGAUCGACGACCAGGAGAUAGACGGGCGGUUGGAGAACGGGCGGUUGGAGAACGGGCGUCCGCCGUGCGUUACUACAACCAACAAAGCUGGACAAAUGUACAUAGCUGAGGUUCUCCAAGACCCAAAUUCAGAGGGGGGGUCAGGCAGUGGCGAGGAAGAUGGCCAGGGGUCCUCGCAGGACGAGGAAAUAAUCAAUGUGGAAAAUGGCUUGAAUGAGGACUUCCAGUCUGGUGAGGACAGCCUCAUUGAGAAUGAAGUGCGACACUGAUACUGACUGGAACAGUUAAAAACCCCCUAAGUUUAACUUGAGGAGUGCACUGAAAUUAUGUGAAUUUAACUAGGAACUGAACCAACAGUUCUCCAAAGCAUCGCAACCUCCAUCGAGAGACUUUACACUAACCUAAGCACACUGUCUACUAAGGAUUUAAUGGAUUGUCGCUCAAGGACUCUUGCAUUUCCUUCACUGGAUCUCACCAAACCACAUCUUCUGUCUGUGUACCUGCAGAGGGAAUCUACUCUGAAAAGGCAAGGACAGCCACAUGACGUCCUUCUGCUGAGGAAAGCCCCAAACACUGCACAUGGACUCAUGAAAGAAAGACACUAAUGCACAAAUGAAGCAUAGUUUGCCUUGUUUUGUAAGGGGACUGAUAUUCUGUGUAUUUCCCUAAACAUAUUGCACUUGAAAGAGAGAACCUGUCCUAUAAGCUCUACUUUCACUAAGGUACUGUAGUACAGCAUGCCUUCAAAGUUCAAAUGGUGGAGGGUUGUUCCUAAAAUCCUUUGCCAGUAUUUCUAAUUGUCUGCACUAAAUGCUUCCCCUGAAUAAGCAGCUGGAUUUGAGACGAGAACAAGUGAUUUCACACCAGACAGCUUGGUCCGUACAAAUGUGAUGUUCUCAAAAUAGUUCUUCCAAUUCCAUAAAAGCCUUUAGAAAAUAAACAAAGAAGAAAGAAAUUGCUACUAACACUCCUGGAUGCUACGACACUGUACAGCUACAAAACUCUGGAUUUGUAAAAUAGCCUUUUUUUGACAUGGUAUUUAUUUGUAGGCAUUGAAUUUGAAAUGCUAUCAAGCUUGAUACAUCCCUACACUUUGGAAGAAUAUAACCCAUCUCUUGGCACACCACAUUCAUCUUCCGUUCAUUCUCUGAGCCUGAGUUGGGACUGCUGUUGGACUGCUGCUACUGAUGUGGCCCUGGUGAAGGGAACCCCCCCCCCCCCCCCCCCCCACCCCCCCCCCCCCCCCCCCGGGCUGCAGCUGGAGGACUGGAGGCCCGGAGCCUGCUGAUCCUUCUGUGGAUGCUCAGAGGAUGAAGCGAAAAGCCUUUGGUUUUUUUGUUCCACUUCAUAUGAUACUGGACUGAUUCUCUUAAUUUGUUGUCUUCCAUUUGUAUCUCUUUGUUCACAUGUUUACGUCUUCAUGGAGAGAUUUAGAAAUUAGCAUUGAGUGUUCUACUGAUUUAUGAAUAAGCUAAUCUAUAUCUCAUCACUCAGUCUUCUGCCAGGUCCUCUCCAUUUAUAUCAUGUAGGUAGCAUUUUGUUCCAGUUGUCAUCCAGCAUUGUUAUGGUUUCCCCAUUUGCAAUUACUCAAGAGUUGUAUAAUGUUUAGCUCAAAUUGUGCAAUUUCUGGUGACAACUUAUCAGAUCUUAGGCUUGGCCGAUUAACUCUCAAUACUACUAUGCCUCCCCCAUUGAAAGCAAAUUGGAAGAUAUAUGCAUUAUGUUGCUUCAUGAGUUGUGAUAAAGUGAGCCCUCUAUUGUACAUUCCAUUUGCAGAUCCAGUUACUAGCAUUGGCAGGCCUCCGACAGAGCUAUAGUAACUUCCAGAUCUGCCUCAGCCAUAUCAAACAGCUUAUUUUCAGGAAUCAGGUAGACUCAGACAACAUCACAAACACAAUUUAACAAUUUAGAAAUUAAAAACAAAGUGCUUACACAGUUAGGACCUUACUCAGGAUUGAUCAAGCUUCUUGUUUUUGUCAUUUCAGUUUUUCCUAAGUAAAGACGACACCAUGAGCUUCCCUAAAAAAGAGGAUUGUUGGUAGAGCAAGGCUGCAGACAAAGCGCCACUAUAGUGUGCCACUGUGGAUGAAUUGUUGUUUUUGGGGCCAUUUAUAUAAAACUUAUUAUCCAGAUGCUCAGAGAACCAAUGUGGGAAAUGUGCACUAAUCUCACUUUCACUUGUAUGAUUGACAGAGAAGGGCCCGCCCCCUGUGGGUGUAAUGAUUACAAUGGUGAACCUAAAAUGUUUCCAUAAUGUUUCCAUGGGUAUAUUGGCACCAUAUAUGGGUAAAUUAUUAUGGAACUAAUGAGAGAGUUGUUUGACACCCUUGAGUCUGGUGCUCUUCUAGUCAUGAUAAGGUGAUUUUAUUUUUAUACCUCUUCAUUUUUAUACCUCAGAGAUGUCAUGAAAUCUCUAAAUGUGUCCUGUCUAAAUCUAAAUCCACUGCCCGGCUCUGAGAGAAAUACCUAAAAAUCGUAUAAUGUCUAAUAUCUACAGUGUUUAAACGUUGAAUGUAGGUUAAUUUCAAACCUUUUGGUAAGUUAAGUGCGAUCGCUGUAUUUACACAGCUUCAACAGGAGGGUUCUCUAUAGCUAACCAGCAAUUAAAGUGUCAUACUACAGAACUUGAUUGUGCCCAGUCCCAUCAUCAUGGCAUUUCAUUUGUCAGUCUGCAACGAUUUCCACUACUUUUUUUUUUUUGUGUGUGUAAUUCCAAGUCUAGGAUCCUCAUGAGUCCUUUUAUUUUAGAUUGUGUUUAUAAGAUCUGUAUAGACGGUGGGAAAUGGAUUGUUUUUCUGAAAAGCUAGGCACUUUCUAAUAGAAGUUCUCAGCUUGUUCUACUGUACUAUGUACUCAGAAUGGGUAGUAAAGUGUCUGUGUAUCAAACUGCACAAUUAGAA